CUCUGCCCCUCAAACCCUCCUCCUGGGUUCUGCGCUCCUCCCUCCGCGGGGCCUGCCUCCUCCCUCCUCCUCUUCGGGAGGCAUCACUUCGUCCGGACCCGGAGGAGGACGCGAGCCCCUCGCCGGCGGUCACCCGAGCCCAGCGCCAGGGCUGCCACCGCGCGCAGCGCCGCCGUGCGCCCUCGGUCCCCGCGUCCUCCGUGCGCCGCAGGGAUGGGGCCCAUCCGACCUGCCCUUGCUCCCUGGCCUCGUCACCUGCUGCGCUGCGUCUUGCUUCUCGGGGGACUGCAUCUCGGCCACCCGGCGGACGCCGCCGCCGCCCUCCCGGAGCCCGAUGUCUUCCUCAUCUUCAGCCAGGGCAUGCAGGGCUGCCUGGAGGCCCAGGGCGUGCAGGUCCGAAUCGCUCCAGCCUGCAAUGCCAGCCUCCCCGCCCAGCGCUGGAAGUGGGUCUCUCGGAAUCGACUCUUCAACCUUGGUGCCAUGCAGUGCCUGGGCACAGGCUGGCCGGUCGCCAACGCCACGGUUUCCCUGGGCAUGUAUGAAUGUGACCGAGAGGCUUUGAGUCUUCGCUGGCAUUGCCGCACGCUGGGGGACCAGUUGUCCCUGCUUCUGGGGGCCCGAGCUGGCAACGCAUCGAAGCCUGGCGCCCUUGAGCGGGGUGACCAGUCCCGCAGCGGCCAGUGGACCGUCUACGGCACUGAGGAAGACCUGUGUGCCCGGCCGUACUAUGAGGUCUACACCAUCCAGGGAAACUCCCACGGAAAGCCCUGUACCAUCCCCUUCAAGUACGACAACCAGUGGUUCCAUGGCUGCACCAGCACGGGCCGGGAAGAUGGACAUCUGUGGUGCGCCACCACCCAGGACUAUGGCAAAGAUGAGCGCUGGGGAUUCUGCCCCAUCAAGAGUAAUGACUGUGAGACGUUCUGGGACAAAGACCAGCUGACUGACAGCUGUUACCAGUUCAACUUCCAAUCCACACUGUCCUGGAGGGAGGCCUGGGCCAGCUGCGAGCAGCAGGGCGCAGACCUGCUGAGCAUCACUGAGAUCCACGAGCAGACCUACAUCAACGGACUCCUCACCGGCUACAGCUCCACACUGUGGAUUGGCUUGAAUGACUUGGACACCAGCGGAGGCUGGCAGUGGUCAGACAACUCGCCCCUCAAGUACCUCAACUGGGAGAGUGAUCAGCCGGACAACCCAGGGGAGGAGAACUGCGGCGUGAUUCGCACCGAGUCCUCAGGCGGCUGGCAGAACCAUGACUGCAGCAUCGCCUUGCCUUAUGUUUGUAAGAAGAAGCCCAAUGCCACAGCGGAGCCAGUUCAGCCAGACAGGUGGACCAACGUCAAGGUGGAGUGUGACCCCAGCUGGCAGCCCUUCCAGGGCCACUGCUACCGCCUGCAGGCGGAGAAGCGCAGCUGGCAGGAGUCCAAGAGGGCGUGUCUACGGGGUGGGGGUGACCUGCUCAGCAUCCAUAGCAUGGCAGAGCUGGAGUUCAUCACCAAACAGAUCAAACAAGAGGUGGAGGAGCUAUGGAUAGGCCUCAAUGAUUUGAAACUGCAGAUGAAUUUCGAGUGGUCUGACGGGAGUCUCGUGAGCUUCACCCACUGGCAUCCGUUUGAGCCCAACAACUUCCGUGACAGCCUGGAGGACUGUGUCACCCUCUGGGGGCCGGAAGGACGUUGGAACGACAGUCCCUGUAACCAGUCCCUGCCAUCCAUCUGCAAGAAGGCGGGCCGGCUGAGCCAGGGCGCUGCGGACGAGGACCAUGGCUGCCGGAAGGGUUGGACGUGGCACAGCCCAUCCUGCUACUGGCUGGGAGAGGACCAGGUGACCUACAGUGACGCCCGGCGCCUGUGUACUGACCAUGGCUCUCAGCUGGUCACUAUCACCAACAGGUUUGAGCAGGCCUUCGUCAGCAGCCUCAUCUACAACUGGGAGGGCGAGUACUUCUGGACCGCCCUGCAAGACCUCAACAGCACCGGCUCCUUCCGUUGGCUCAGCGGGGACGAAGUCAUGUACACGCAUUGGAACCGGGACCAGCCUGGGUACAGACGUGGGGGCUGCGUGGCCCUGGCCACGGGCAGUGCCAUGGGACUGUGGGAGGUGAAGAACUGCACAUCGUUCCGGGCUCGCUACAUCUGCCGACAGAGCCUGGGCACGCCGGUGACGCCAGAGUUGCCUGGGCCAGACCCCACCCCCAGCCUCACCGGCUCCUGCCCCCAGGGCUGGGCCUCAGACCCCAAACUCCGACAUUGCUAUAAGGUGUUCAGCUCCGAGCGGCUGCAGGAAAAGAAGAGUUGGAUCCAGGCCCUGGGGGUCUGCCGGGAGUUGGGGGCCCAGCUGCUAAGUCUGGCCAGCUAUGAGGAGGAACAUUUUGUGGCCAACAUGCUCAACAAGAUCUUUGGUGAAUCCGAGCCGGAGAGCCACGAGCAGCACUGGUUUUGGAUCGGCCUGAACCGCAGGGACCCGAGAGAGGGUCAGAGCUGGCGCUGGAGCGAUGGUCUAGGGUUUUCCUACCACAAUUUUGACCGGAGCCGGCAUGACGACGAUGACGUCCGAGGCUGUGCGGUGCUGGACCUGGCCUCCCUGCAGUGGGUGGCCGUGGAGUGCCAGACGCAGCUGGACUGGAUCUGCAAGAUCCCUAGAGGUGUGGAUGUGCGGGAGCCGGAUGCUGGUCCCCAAGGCCGGCCGGAGUGGCUCCGCUUCCAGGAGGCAGAGUUCAAGUUCUUUGAGCACCACUCCUCGUGGACGCAGGCCCAGCGCAUCUGCACGUGGUUCCAGGCAGAGCUGGCCUCCAUCCACAGCCAGGCAGAGCUGGACUUCCUGGGGCAGAACCUGCAGAAGUUCUCCUCAGGCCCCGGGCAGCACUGGUGGAUCGGCCUGCACACCUCGGAGAAUGAUGGCCGCUUCAGGUGGUCAGACGGUUCUGUCAUCAACUUCAUCUCCUGGGCACCCGGAAAACCUCGGCCCAUUGGCAAGGACAAGAAGUGUGUGUACAUGACAGCCAGCCAAGAGGACUGGGGGGACCAGAGAUGCCAUACAGCCCUGCCCUACAUCUGUAAGCGCAGCAAUAGCUCUGGGGAGACUCAGCCCCAAGACUUGCCACCUUCAGCCCUAGGAGGCUGCCCCCCUGGCUGGAACCAGUUCCUCAACAAGUGUUUCCGAAUCCAGGGCCAGGAUCCCCAGGACAGGGUGAAAUGGUCAGAGGCCCAGUUCUCCUGCGAGCAGCAAGAAGCCCAGCUGGCCACCAUUGCAAACCCCUUAGAGCAAGCCUUCAUCACGGCCAGCCUCCCCAACGUGACCUUUGACCUGUGGAUUGGCCUGCACGCCUCUCAGAGGGACUUCCAGUGGAUUGAGCAGGAACCUCUGCUGUACGCCAAUUGGGCGCCAGGAGAGCCCUCCGGCCCCAGCCCCGCUCCCAGCGGCACCAAGCCGACCAGCUGUGCGGUGCUGCUGCACAGCCCUUCGGCCCACCUCACUGGCCGCUGGGAUGACCGGAGCUGCAUGGAGGAGACCCAUGGCUUCAUCUGCCAGAAGGGCACAGACCCCUCGCUGAGCCCCUCCCCGGCAGCUACGCCUCCUGCCCCCGGCGCUGAACUCUCCUACCUCAACGGCACCUUCCGGCUGCUGCAGAAGCCCCUUCGCUGGAAGGAUGCCCUCCUGCUGUGUGAGAGCCGAAAUGCCAGCCUGGCACACGUCCUUGACCCCUACACCCAGGCCUUCCUCACGCAGGCUGCACGAGGCCUGCGGGCACCACUGUGGAUCGGGCUGGCCAGUGAGGAGGGCUCACGGAGGUAUUCCUGGCUCUCGGAGGAGCCUCUGAAUUACGUGAGCUGGCAGGACGGGGAGCCUCAGCAGUCGGGAGGCUGCGCCUACCUGGACGUGGACGGAAGCUGGCGCACUGCCAGCUGCGACACCAAGCUGCAGGGGGCGGUGUGUGGGGUGAGCGGGGGGCCCCCUCCUCCCCGAAAGAUAAGCUACCGCGGCAGCUGCCCUCGGGGACUGGCGGACUCGUCGUGGAUUCCCUUCAGGGAGCACUGCUACUCCUUCCACAUGGAGCUGCUGCUGGGCCACAAGGAGGCGCUUCAGCGCUGCCGGAGAGCGGGUGGGACGGUUCUGUCCAUUCUUGAUGAGAUGGAGAAUGUGUUUGUCUGGGAGCACCUGCAGACCGCUGACACCCAGAGUCGAGGUGCCUGGUUGGGCAUGAACUUUAACCCCAAAGGAGGCAUGCUGGUCUGGCAAGAUAACACAGCCGUGAACUAUUCUAACUGGGGACCCCCUGGCCUGGGCCCCAGCAUGCUAAGCCACAACAGCUGCUACUGGAUCCAGAGCAGCAGCGGACUGUGGCGACCUGGUGCUUGUACCAACAUCACCAUGGGGGUUGUGUGCAAGCUCCCUAGAGUGGAAGAGAACAGCUUCUUGCCGUCAGCAGCGCUUCCCGAGAACCCGGUGGCCCUGGUGGUGGUGCUGAUGGCGGUGCUGCUUCUCCUGGCCUUGCUCACGGCAGCCCUCAUCCUCUACCGGCGCCGACAGAGUGUGGAGCGCGGGUCCUUCGAGGGGGCCCGUUACAGCCGCAGCAGCAGCUCCGGCCCGGCAGAGGCCACUGAGAAGAACAUCCUGGUGUCUGACAUGGAGAUGAACGAACAGCAAGAAUAGAGGCGAGGGCGUGGUCAGGGCAGAGCCGGAGCUGGGGAGACAGGGGCCCCAGGCCGGCAGGUCCCCGUCACGCCCCAGUCUAGUUGGUCUGUGGAUGGCAGCCCUCAGGCGUUGCUACUGGGAACCAGGGGCUGAGCGUGCGAUGGCGUGGGAGUGCCCAGCCUCCCACAAAGGCUAGGCUGAGCCCUGGCGAUGGAGCAUUUCCCCUUUCUCCUGGGCCUGGGAUCUUGUCACCUGGGCCUGGGCCUCCACGGUAACUGAAGGCAAUGUGAGAAGGGAAUCGAGCUAUUUCUGCCUUUUUCUCCCCGCAUCCCUGAGCCUAAGCCUGCUGACCCAACCUAGAACCCUUUCCUAUUUGCAGGUCUGGAAAGCCUGCCCCGUUCCCUCUUCCUGUUUUUGGCUCCAUCAGCUCUGUCUCUCCAUCCUGCCCUCAUGCCUUUUCUCACUCAGUGCCUCCUUCUGAGCCAAGGCCCUGGGACUUCUCUUUCUCAGUGUGUGUGUGGGGGGGUCAGCUGAAGGGGCCAAGCAUCUGUCACCCCCGGCACCUGCUGGAAUGGACCAACGUUACGGUGGGAGGGGGCCUAGGUGGCUCAGGUCUAAAAACCAGGGUCCCCGUGUGGUGUCUGCUGGAGUAGCGAUGGAAUGGAACUGUGCGGAGAGACACCUUAUCCACUCAUGGGGGUGUUGUCUCCUGCUGGUCGGGGGAGGGCUCUGUCCCUGAAAGAGUCCCCUGUGGGGACCAAUCUAAGUUCCCUAAUGUCUCCAGCUUUGGGCUCUGGUUUGGAGAGAGGGAAGAGGGUCACGGGGGCCCUGGAGAAGCUGUAGCCUUGGAUAGCACCAGGGGCUAUCUAUCAUCUCGUGUGGCCUAAGAGGAAGAGUGGCUCCUGGAGCCACUCAGCAUCUUCUCAAGAACGGACCCAGCCAGGAUGGAGAGUGCCAGUCCCCGUGUCCCAGGGCGGGGGCAACGUGAACAAAAACUCAAAGACACAGACCCUCUGUUGUAGUUCUUGAUUUUUCUAAAUGUGCUAUUAUUGUUUUCUAAAAAAGAAGGAAAAAAAAUAAAGAAAAAGAAAAGCAAACAAAUAAAAACCUUCCAGAGGCUUGAGAAA